AAAAAACUGAAAUUGUCAUUCGAUGUCAUUGAACAGCUGAUUACCGGUGUUGUAUACAAUCCAAAAAUUGAAUUAAAUUGUCCUGAAUACGCGGCAUAACAUUAUAGUACUUGUUUUUGUAAUAUAUUUUUAGUUGUUUUUAUUCCAUCAACAAUUCUACUACUGUCAUUAACGAUAUGCUUAGCAGAGGUAAAUAGCAUUAGAAUAAUGGACAAAUAUAAAGAUUGUGCGUGUGAAUUAGGUGAAAGUUGCAUCGACGUAGCCCAUCCAAGAUAUUUAAAAAAACCCAUUUUAUAUCCUAAGGGUAUGAAGAUCGCACUGGUGCAGAUGUCAGUGGGUGCUGACAAGGCUGCCAACAUAUCCGAGGCAGUGAAACUGAUCCAUCAGGCGAAGGAACUUGGUGCACAACUUGUUGCUCUACCCGAGUGCUUCAAUUCACCUUAUGGCACCAAAUACUUCCCCCAAUACGCGGAGGAGGUGCCGUCCGGCGAGACGAGUCGCGCGCUGUCCCGUGCGGCUGCGGAGGCGGGCGUGUGCGUGGUAGGAGGUUCGGUGCCAGAGCGCUGCGGCUCCAAGCUCUACAACACCUGCACCGUGUGGGACGAUGCUGGGAAACUACUUGCACAGCAUAGAAAGAUGCAUCUGUUCGACAUAGACAUUCCAAACCAGAUAACAUUCAAGGAGUCAGAGGUACUGUCUGGCGGAAAUCAGCUCACCACCUUCGAGUACCUCGGCAUCAAGGUCGGCGUCGGCAUCUGCUACGACCUCCGCUUCCCUGAGAUGGCGCACAUCAUGGCUCAAAAAGGCUGUUCCCUGCUGGUAUACCCAGGCGCGUUCAACAUGACAACAGGCCCACGCCACUGGGAGCUACUAGCUCGUGCGCGGGCUACUGACCAGCAGCUGUGGGUAGCGCUCGUGAGCCCUGCAAGGGACCCUGAGGCAGACUACGUUGCCUGGGCACACUCUACCCUGGUCGACCCCUGGGGGCAGGUGGUGGCAAAGCUGGAUGAUAAGCCUGGCACGCUGGUCGCCGAUAUAGAUGUGAAAACAGUAGAGCAGGUUCGAAGCCAAAUACCAAUCAGGUCUCAAAGAAGAACCGAUAUCUACGAUAUCGUGAGCAAGCAAUAAUUCCAAUGUAUACAUUAAUUAUAAGCGAUAUUACCAUACUAAUGGUGAAGUUAUAAAUGAUCUUGAUCGAUUGUAGAAAUGAACCAAUCAGAAUAGAAUUUGAUCGAUCAUCUUAUGUAUGCUUUAUUUUGAUUGUUUUUUUUUUCGAUGGCUUAGUUUGUAUUAUUUAAGUAGCGGGACCGAGGUCUCUUGUUGGUUUCCCAGAUCGGGUAUAGUUAAUUGAAUCAAGAUCGUUUAUUAAUUUUGACCUUAAAUCGUUGUAUACAUCUGUCAUAAUUUUACAAUGUUUUGUCACGUUUCUUCUCAUGUUAAAUGUGAAUUGCUUACGGCCGUCGCAUAUAUGGCGGUACGCAGCGAAGAGAAUUUAUUACUGUCAAACUACUAUCAAUAAAUAAUUAUAUUACAAUUUAUUGUUGUGUUAAUGGAUUUUGAAUAUUAUUUCAAUGAAGACAAUGUCGAUAAUAGUUUGCCAGUAUAAAAAAAUCGGCGCUGUGCUCCACCACAUAUGCGCUGGACCUUAGAUAAAACACUGUAUUACUAUCACAGUUGUAUAUAAGGAUGGUAAGUAAAUGUUUAUUUUUGGAAAAUGUUUUUAUAAUUAAAGUUUAGACUUGUUUGUGA